GCGCGGGCCCGGCGCGCGCAUGGCGGCCAUCCGCAAGAAGCUGGUGGUGGUGGGCGACGGCGCGUGCGGCAAGACGUGCCUGCUGAUCGUGUUCAGCAAGGACGAGUUCCCCGAGGUGUACGUGCCCACCGUGUUCGAGAACUAUGUGGCCGACAUCGAGGUGGACGGCAAGCAGGUGGAGCUGGCGCUGUGGGACACGGCGGGCCAGGAGGACUACGACCGCCUGCGGCCCCUGUCCUACCCGGACACCGACGUGAUCCUCAUGUGCUUCUCGGUGGACAGCCCGGAUUCGCUGGAGAACAUCCCCGAGAAGUGGGUGCCCGAGGUCAAGCACUUCUGCCCCAACGUGCCCAUCAUCCUGGUGGCCAACAAGAAGGACCUGCGCAGCGACGAGCACGUCCGCACCGAGCUGGCCCGCAUGAAGCAGGAGCCCGUGCGCACCGACGACGGCCGCGCCAUGGCCGUGCGCAUCCAAGCCUACGACUACCUCGAGUGCUCCGCCAAGACCAAGGAGGGCGUGCGCGAGGUCUUCGAGACGGCCACGCGCGCCGCGCUGCAGAAGCGGUACGGCUCCCAGAACGGCUGCAUCAACUGCUGCAAGGUGCUAUGAGGGCCGCGCGGCCCGCCUGCCCCUGCCGG